AUGAGUAAACGAUCAAAAAACUCUCUAACUAAUCUAAUUCUAUCUUUCUUGAUUGUCUUAGGCCUCUUUAAGCUAUCAUUUCAAAGUAUGGCCACAAACGAGCAACAAAAAGACCAUCCAAAUUACAUCUACACCAAUUUAGCCAACGGGCUUCAGUAUCUUAUCCUUGUCCAGCCUGAUAGUCCACACACCCAGGUUAGCAUUUCUGUCAAGAAACGCUCUUGGGAUGCCGGGGUCAGAGGCAAUCCUUCAAGCCACCUUUUAGGAGCACUUCUCCGACAUAAGCUACAACCCAGAAAUAAUCACCAGCCAUAUCAAGAAUUUCUAACAAGACCCAAUAGCCAUACUAUCACCGUUAGCCAUAACUUCAUCACACUCGAGUUCUUCUUAAAUGAUCCCCAAUGCCUAAUACCAUUUGAACUCUUACAAUCAGUUAUUACUCCCCAACCCACUUCAGAUAUAAUCGACCAAGUCAAGAGACACCACUUUUCAAACUCACAGAACAACACAUCCGACCUUUGCCCUUCCACCGCCGAAAUUGCUAUGGAAUGGGCUGAGACGUUCGAUUUCCAAAAUAUCCGACUUGUAAUUGUUUCCCCCAGCCAACCAAUAGCUCUACUAAGUUUUCUGUACUGCCACUUUCACGAACACCACCGAGAAACCCUAUGUCAAGCGGACAAAAUACCCAAAAUGUAUUCGUUGAAUGAAACAGCAUCAUCCCAUCCGACGGUCAACCUACCCCAACUACUAAUAGCUCCUAAAACACUCCAUUCUUCAAGCUCAUCCGAAAAGACAACAAUCACUAUUAUUGUCCCACUUCUUGAUAGAAUCACACCAGGCACUAGGCCAGUACUAACCGACCUAUACCACCUAUUCUUCUGCUGCAAUAUCAUAUACAAUAACUAUCUUCAAGCACACCCCAACAAUGGCCUUCGAAUCAAAGCUAUGCCUCUAACUGCUCUAGAAACCACACUAAGUCUUUAUAUCACCAUAGAAGUAGAUGACACGAAAACAAUAGAGUUUACCGAGGCUCUAGAUCUGUUGUCGGGUUUCUUUCAAGCUAUCAAAGCCUCUUAUAAGCGCCCAGACUCGGUUUUAUACCAGUUAUACAAAACGCAUUUAUGCCCCAACCCUGAAAGAGUCCCAAACGUAUUGCUAUGUACUCUUGCUAAUCUGGCAUCCGUCUACAUGUUCUUUGAUACACCAACCAACCUCCUUAAUUUUGCCUUUGAACCGGUACCAGAUCCUAAUAUGAUUUCUGACUUGGCUGGUAUACUCGAAACUGCAAUGGAUCGAGAGAAAUGGAAGGUUAGUGCUGAACUCACUCAUGUCCAUUGGCAACAAUUACCAGGACCGCCGCGGAUUGCCCCGAUUGUUGCCUCCAUGCUAGCCGCAACUGCGAGAGUUGAACGAAUCAAAGACAUUAUAUGCAUAAGCGAGCCCGAUGCACAGUUAGGCCAUGCUAUUGCCGUCCUAACGAAUCAACAGCCCAGCCUUGCUAUUUCCAACACCAGUACCGAGGCCAGCCCCCAGUUGCCGAAUAGCAUUUCUAAUCCUGAGCAACAACAGCAGCCACAACGACCUCUAUUUGGUCUUCUACCCAACCCCGCCGACGCUUUUCAACAAGCUACUUCUAGCGCACUACCUGCUAAUCCGCCCAACGCUAAUCCCUCAUCAAUUGGCACUAGUCAGGUCCUAUAUCACACACACAACGAGCUGGGUCUUGAAGCAUGUGUUGUCACUGAUCCCCAAAGCCAGGAACUAGCAACAGCUAGUGUUGUGCUUACUAGCAACGACUAUCUUAUCGAUAUUAAAACCUACAUCUGGCAUGUUGCGCACGUACUAACAGUAUUAGAAAGCACUAAAGCCUGUCUCCGGCAAUGGAUCGAAGAUACCGAUGUGUUUAUCGAUGCAGAUAUUAAAGAAAACGACAAGACUAUCGUUAUUGCUCGAGGACCAGAGACAGCAAUCAAAGGUAUAUUUGAAGCGUUCUUUAUAAUCUACAAAAACACCACUAUCAAUCCUACUCAGGAAGCCACUGCCUUGCUUAAGGCAUAUGAAUUCUUUUCGAACGCAGCCAUACAAACACCACCAACUCUACAACAAUACUUAUUCGCUCGUGUCUGGCGAUUGGCUCGAUAUACACCUAAUGAGUGUUGUAGAGCUAUCUUGGCAACGAACGCGUCCUUUAAUAGCCCCAUCGUUACCAAAGCACUAAUCAACAUAAGAGUAGAAAACACAUCACUUGAUAUCUUCCAUCUAAUCAUUAAUACAGUCACAAGUUACAUCACACCCCAGCCAAUCACUAAGUACCAAUUAGUUCGCAACUACGACACAGAGAUCUAUAUGUCCUUAGAGACCGAGCUGAUGUCUGCCUUCGUUGGAUAUUUCCAUAUCGAUCCUAUCCAUACCCUAGACCGAACAAACUACCACAUUCUAGCCUACUAUUUAUUGCUUACCCAAUUCUCACCCAAAAAUCUCGCCGACCAUCCCAAUCUCGUGGAAAUAGAAUACUGGCUAAACGCCCAGACCGCCACACCACCUUUGACUAGCUCAACAAACCCAGGCCAUAGCAUCAUAAAGCUAAACUUUGAUACAGAAAUCCUCAAAAAGUUCGACCAUUCCAUUAAUAUCUUCGAUGAAACUGUUAUUGCGAGCUUUAGCUUAAGCGGGCGAUACAGUCCUAUUGCGGUUUUUAACUCAGCUAUGGCAUAUCACAAAUACCUAAGUUGGGCGAUAGGGACCUGUACUCCCGAGCUGUUUGAGCUGUACAAGCAACAAGUACAGCUGACGUUUAGUAUUGUCAACAGCAUUAAUCAGCCCUUCACCAAAAUCACUCUACUUUUCAGCUGUGAUGACUUUUGGAAAGAGCCUUGCUAUCAGAAAAAGUUCACAAACGUUCUCCAGAACAUAACCCUAGAGGAUUUCCGCUUCUUUUUCCUCAACUACUGCAAAGUACCUCUUAUCGUUAUAUAUCCGGACGCUUACCAACCAUCCUAG